AUGGAUACACCGAUUCGACUCACUGUAUUGAUAUCAGGCAAUGGCUCAAACCUCCAAACCGUAAUCGACCAGACAGUCGCGGGACAACUUCCGGUGAACAUUGUCCGAGUCUUAUCGAACCGCAAAGACGCAUUUGGACUCGAACGUGCUCGACGUGCGAGCAUUCCUACACAUUACCACAACCUUGUGAAAUAUAAGAAGCAGCACCCUGCGACACCAGAGGGCAUUCAGGCGGCUCGGGAGGAAUAUGAUGCGGAGCUGGCGAGGUUGGUCCUGGCUGAUAAGCCGGACAUGGUAGCUUGUCUGGGAUUCAUGCAUGUGCUGUCACCGAGGUUCUUAGAGCCACUGGAGACGGCUAAGGUUAAGAUCAUUAACCUUCACCCUGCGUUGCCGGGGGCUUUCAAUGGAGCGCAUGCAAUUGAGCGGGCCCAUGCCGCCUGGUUAGAAGGAAAGAUCGACAAGACAGGGGUAAUGAUUCACAAGGUGAUCUCUGAGGUUGAUAUGGGCACCCCGAUAGUUGUACGAGAGAUCCCAUUCGUCAAGGGAGAGGAUGAAGAUCUUGAACAUUUUGAAGAAAAGGUCCAUGCUGUUGAAUGGGAGGUUGUGAUUGAAGGGGUGCAGCUUACAGUCGAUGAGAUAAGAAAGGAAAAGAAACGUGGCUCGACGGAAGCAUGA